AUGACCAUCACGAUUGACCCAGCUGAUCUGACUGAGUCAGACUUCUCUUCUUCGGACGAGGACUCGGUUGUGGAUGUCAAGCCUCCUUCAGAAGGGAGUCAUGGGUAUCUGGACUACGAUGGGUGGGCGGAACUGUCAUAUCCGGAUGAAUUGAACCCGGCUGAUUCAGCCUCGAGACCAAGGACCUCGAACCGUAACCGCUCCCUCCACGGUUCUCGCUCGGCCUCGCGCCCUCGUCAACCAACGCGCCGACAAAUGCCCGCCGAGCGCGACUUUGGUUCGCGCCCCCGGCGUUCCUCUCCACGUCAUCAUUCCCACUCCCCCGAUCUACAGGAUAGUGGCGGUGACUCCGAUGACUAUCAACAACAUUACCCUCCACAACGUGCUCAUCAAGAUUCCCGGCGAUAUGCACAACAGGGCCAGGGCUAUCCACCGAGCAUCUCUUCGGGCCCUUCUUAUAACCAAUACGGUCAACCCCAACCCCAACCCCAAGGCCACGCGGGGUAUCAUCCUCACCAAAAUGGCCCUGCGUCGGAUCAGCUCGUUCGACUAAAUCAGGGAAACCCUAAUGGUCAGUACGGCGCUGGACCUUACCCGGGAUAUGGCCCGCCAAAUGGUCACUCCAUUCAUCCCUUCUACGCCGAACAAGCCCACCGGGGUCUCCACCAACCGCACCCUCAAUCCCGCAUGGAUCAUCACCCACUAGCUCCUAUGGGGGGACCCCACACUAUGCCGCCUUACGGUGCUCCUCCAUAUCAUCCUGAGAUGAUGCCGUACAACCCCAAUGGCUAUUACAACUAUGCUGACCCAUAUGCAAUGUAUCCCGGCAUGCCGCCAUACGAGCCCAAGGCCGCCUCUCCCGCACCAGCACCCGCCCCCACACCGGCACCUGCGCCUCCACCUGCCGAGGAGGCUCCGAAGGAACCCCCGCCUGCAGAUACCGCCAAGGACGAGGCGAUCGCACGAUUGGAGAAAUUGAUCAUGGACGAACGUCUGGAGCGAGAAACCAAGGAAGCGAACCGUUUGGCCGCGAUUGCUGCCGAGGCGGCAGAGAAGGCCGAGCGGGAUAGACAAUCAGCACAUGAUCGCGCGAUUGCUGAAGCUGCAGCAUCAGAAGCGGCGGCGAUAGCUCGAAAGGAUGCGGAGGCUAGAGCAGCAGAAGAAGCGGCUAAGGCGAAGGAGGAGGCAAUUGCGGCUGCGAAUGCAGCUGCAGCUGCAGCCACAGAGAAUGCUGAGAAAGCAGCCGAGGUAGCAACAGCCAAGGCGUUGGAAGCUGUACACGCUGCUGCUGCCAAGGCUAAAGAGGAUGAGGCUGCCAAGGCUAAGGAGGAGGCUGAUAAGGCCAAAGCAGAGGCUGACAAGGCCGCGGCGGAGGAAGCAGCCAGGAAAGCAGAGGAAGAAGCCAAGAACAGACCUCCUGUUAUUGAGAAGAAGAAGCCCAUCAAGUUCAAGGAUGCUGUGGGGAGGAAGUUUAGCUUCCCCUUUGAGCUAUGUGAGACUUGGCCGAGAAUGCAAGAGUUGAUUAAGCAAGCCUUUGUCCACAUCGAUGUCAUUGGCCCCCAUGUAAUCGAGGGUCACUAUGAUCUGGUAGGACCGAAUGGUGAUAUCAUUCUUCCUCAGGUCUGGGAAACAGUUGUUGAGCCCGAUUGGACUAUCACCAUGCAUAUGUGGCCAAUUCCUGAGAAGCCCAAGGAGCCUGAUCCUCCCCCUGCUGCUGAACCACCGCCACCUCCUCCUAAGCCUGCGGAGGUGAAGAAGAUAGUCCCUAAGAGGCCUCCCCCAGCUUUUACUCACUGGAUGGUGGGUCGGCGUUUACCACCACGGGCCAAGAAGGCUCCUCCCAAGAAAGAGGAACCGGCAGCUUAG